AUGGUUGAAAAUAUAAUCGAAGCCGUGGAUAGUUCUAAAGAAGAUUAUACGGAAAAAAUAUGUAUACGGGAAAAAAUUUCAGGUAAAAAGUCGAAAUUGGAGCAUGGAGUUCCACUAACGGUCGAACCUAUAAUAGUGCAUGACGUGAGUCACAUUGUUAUCGAUGCAUUUAGAGAUUACUUAUAUCGCGAACUUCCCGGCAACAAAAGAAAAUUAUUCGACUCACAGGAGCUCAAAGAGCAUUUAUCUUUAAUUGAAGACAUCCGGCGUGCGGAAAAAGACGUGAUGGAAGUACAAGAACUCCUUUUAAGGAUGGACGACAAAGGUGGUAGUUAUGGACUGAAGUCGUGGAACGUUGAAAACUACUUCCUCCUAUGUCCACGAACUUUCGUUAAAAACACGAACGAGAAAAAAGAAAAUGAAAACGUCAAGAAACAAGCAACUGUCGUAUACGGUAUUCACACAAAGCUGAGACAACUCAGGUUGCAUUUGAACAGAGUACGACCUAGGUUAGACGUACAAUGUCACAAGUCCAAAAUCGUACAGACACAUCCGGUGGUAGAAAACCCCAAAGAGAUAAGCUUGUUUGUUAAUACCAAUAUUGUUCGCUUUAAACGUUUUUUUCCUGGUGGCAUUUAUAAGAAAACCAUUACGGUCAUAAACAUGGGGGAACGGAUGACACGAUUCGAGUUGUCGACGUACGGUGGUGGUUCGAACGGAGCGUUCGUUUACGAGUAUGCGCCCAGACGUCAACUAGCAUCCGGCAUGAAGGCCAAAAUUACCGUGACGUUUAAAUGCACGUCGUUGGAGGACAUUUACGAAUUGAUGAUCAUUAAGUCGUCCAAAGGAAAUGACAGAACGAACGUUCUCGUGUGCGCGGAAAAUUCAGUACCAGUGUUACAAUAUACCACGUUAAGCUACAAAAUGGAUUCGUCCCCUCUUGACGACCCGUCCGAUCAAAGUCCGCCGUCCGCGUGCGUGUUCGAGUGCAACGCCUGUCUGGUGGGUGCCUCGAAAACGAUCACGGUCAUGGCGAGAAACGUUGGACGUUCCGCAAAAUUUGUUUGCGUCUCCGAAGACGUUUGGUAUACGAAAUCGGUCGAGAACUUUGAAUGGAAUGAACCGAUGAGUAUGGGUGCAUUUAAAAUUACACCUUCAAUAUUCGAAAUUAAUCAUGAACAAUCAAUAGAUCUAAAGGUUACGUUUGAACCACGCUUGCAAUCGUUUUAUUGUUCCAGAUUUAUAAUUAUAUCAGAUAAUUCAUGCGCACAUGAAGUGAACGUGUUUGGCAACGGUCAGAUGUUUGGCGAAGAUUGGAAUAUUCAGUUGGAGGGACAAAAUUUGGUGCAACUGCUCAAUGCCGGGCCUGGAAGUUACGUGCUUGACAUGGGAAAAAUUGGCGAGGUCGUCCGAUACGUGUACGCGAAAAACAUGAGUCGUAUAAAAUAUCCGUAUCGGUGGACCAUUAAUCAUACAAUCAUCAACCCAGGUUUAAAAAACGCCAAAGUAAAUUUCAACAUUCAUCCGUCAGCUGGGUGCUUGGACGCGGUAUCGAAAACGAUGUUUCGAGUGGAAUGCAGUGUUACAGACAAGAUGACCACUGAAAAGCUCACCGGCGUAUACCGUGUAAUUGCUACUCUGAUGAUUGAUGAUGUCCCUAAAGAAAGUAUAAGUGAUAUAGAUGAAUUUUUUGAAGUACGAGAAGACAAGUAUUCAGAGUGUAUAACAUCCAGGAGCUCUUCUGAGUUGGUGUCGAUAAGAGUAGCAGAACUCGAAGUUAUAUCUGAAUACAAAGGGGAAGAACGCGUGUCAUUACAUACCGAUCCUAUAGUACUGGACUUAAAUUGGCACAAAAUGGAGAUGGGCGCGUGCGUCCGGGAAACGGUACACUUCAUCAACGCCGGGACGGGCGCCGUGCACGUAACGUGGACGCCGGACGAAGAAGACGACGCCGCCACCGGCACCACCAUGACCGUGGACCCUGGGCGGUUCGACGUGACGACGGACAGGGUUGCGGUGGACGUGUACGUCCGUGCCGCGCGCCCGGGACGGUUUCGUCGCGCGCUGAGGUUCCGGGCCGUCAACCGGGACGGUGACGCGCGCGACGUGGUGGUGUACGUGCGCGGCACCGCGGAAACGGCACCGGAAGUGCACGCCUGGCCCGCGUUCGCGUCCACGUGCCUCGGCCCGGCGUGCACCGGUGUGCCACGCGCGUACCCCGUUCGUUUCCGGGUGAAGUCGUCGUCCGGCCCGUUCCACGUGCGCAGACGGGUGUACGAGUGCGACGCUUCGGGCGCGUGGAGUCCGCGAACCGACGGCACGCACACUUUCGGCCCGUUCGGUCCGGCAACGACGACGUUGAACCUCCCGACUCCGGUGGCGACCCAGGAGACCGGCAUGAUAUCAUACCAAUUAGCGGAAUGGAUGUUCGGCGAGUCAAGGACAGUGUACACGCAGGGCAUGACUUACGUCGAGCCGCCGGACGUGGUGCGACUGAACAUCGAAGUUAUUAUCAUCGACAGGUCCCUGUACAGAGGCGUAUCACACAGUCACAAAGGGAUUCGAUUGCUGAACAAUAUGCAAUGCGAUUUUGCCUACUCCUGGGGCACUCCAUGGGGAUCCGACUCUAAUAAUAUGCACUGCGUGCUAGAGCCCACCAAUGGGACGGUCAACAGCAAAGGGUCCGUCGAAUUCGAACUGAUCAUCACCCCCAGGACAACCGGACACUUGUGCAACUAUUGGAUACCGUGUUUCGUACAGUGCGACGCACUCACGCCUCGUCAACUCCGUGUCGAAUGCAUAGUGGCAGAUUUCAGUGCCACAAUCACAUACGUCGACGAGUAUGACAGGCAACGGACCGCCGAGUGGCACGAAAAUGUAAAUCAAUGGAUACUCGAUAAUGGUGUAGACGAAAUCGAUGAAAUUGGAAAUGCAGAGUAUUUAGAAUCCGAAAAUGGUUCAUUUUCGACGACAAAGUCUUUAAGCAAUUUAGAAGAGGAGAAUAUUUUGCGAAAAAUCACAGAGUCGGAAGACCACCGGCAGCAGCCUGCGAAAAGGCCUUUUGCGGGACGGCCAAGACGUGAAACACGCGUACGGUCACCGGCGAUGGACAAUGGUGGACACCGAGAGUCCGACUUACCGGUAAUGGCGUUCGAAGACGUCGAAUGCAACACAGCCGUGGAACGACGCGUGACCAUCCGGAACAAUGCGGAAACCGUUUGCCGGGUGAGGUCCACAGUGCUCGGUCGCGGCGGUCAGCCGUCAAUGGACGGAACAUACGCCGGACACACAGUAGAGUGUGCGGAAUUGGUGCCCUUGGGAAGGAAACGUUGCUGCAGGAUAUGGAUAGAAAGGGACGACGAGGCGUUAUCCGGAAAUGAAGAGCUCGAGGUGUCUGUAAGGGUGCUGACCACGGCUUGGGGCCAGUACGAGGACACGGUGUCCAUCGAAUUACAAGUAGGCACCGAGAUCCUGCCGGAACUCCGUAUACCGAUCGUUGUCCGAGUCAUAACGGCGCCCUUGGAAUUUCCCCUAGCCGUGGACCGUAGCCAACCGACCGUCAAUUUCAACCUCUAUUCGACGGACUCGGAACACCGACUGCAAAUUUUAAACAAGAGUGAAAUUCCAAUUCAAAUUUCUUGGCGCAUAUAUAAUAAAAGCGAACAAAACAGGCCGUUUGGAGUGGUAUUUGAUACUUUAACUCCAAAUCUACCGAAUCUUUGGUCAUUUAGAAUUGGCCAAUUUUAUGGAUUGGAAUUGCCCCGAUAUUUUAUGAUCAAGCCAAAGAUUUUGAAACUAGGACCAAGUGAACUAGGAUUUGUAACGUUUUAUUUAGAUCGAACUACAGAAAUAUAUCUUAACCGCGAUAAAAAUAAUAUGGUGUACGGAAAUGCAGUCGGUAUAGUGACUGCUCUCGAACCAUCAGAAAAAUACUGCAUAAGAAAAGAUGGAUUCAAACUAAGACCCGCUGUAGUAAAACUUUCCUCGGAAACAAGGCAUUCAAUACAACCGAACUUGGUCUUACGAGAACUAGAUAAUACUUUCAAAAUUUCGGCGUCCCAAAUUCAUAACUCUCAGUCACCCUGUCAUACGGUCACUCAGUUGUACACUAUGCUGAACCUUUUACGAUAUCCUGCAACGAUUUCAUUCGAGGUGAAUAGCCCGUUCUCGAUUAAGAAGUUGCGAUCCAUAAGAUGUGGUGACUGUCCUGGAAAUACUAAAAUACGAGUGUUUUAUGAAGAUUUACUUGAAAUCGAACUACAAGUUAAUAUAGAUAUGAGAGACGUCCCAAUACCUAAAAUGCCUUUAACAAUUACAACCAGAAAAUCCACAGCAGAAGGACGUCUAUUUGCUCAUUGCGAAAACAGUUAUUUUAAACCUAAGACGGUCGCCCUGUUCAAGGCUCACAUAUAUUUUCCUAUACUAAAACUGUCAACGAAGUAUAUAAAUUUCGGCGAAGUGGUCGUGAGGGAGACUAAAAGCAUGGACGUGAUGUUAUCUUCUUAUCCAGGGCCUGAGCGUUUUGUUACAAGCUCGAAAGACGACGUGUUCGCAAUAUCACCCGGAGACGGUGUCGUAUCUCACAUGCCAACCUCGCUCACAAUCUCGUUCAGACCUAAAGCUCAUAAGAGGUACUCAAACAAAAUUGAAAUUUGGACAACAAUACCGAUGGAUGUGAUUUAUCUCAAAGUAUCUGGAUUUGGAAUCAAAUAA